GCUUCCCAUCACAGGUUGACUUGUGUCAAAACAAGGGAUUCUGAAUAUCGGACUUUUCAUCUUGGCGGGUUAUUAUUUCUUAAAAGAGGAGAAUGAAACUGUUGCUGAGUGUUUUGAAGCAGGUGAACAAACCCUCCGCGCACGGCAGCCUCCGUCUGAGCUCCUGCGCCGGCAGCGGCCUGUCCCCGCUGCGGGAUGAGCCUCUCAUCCUGGGGUCCAGCCCGGAGCUGGUGGGGGGGCUCGGCUCUCAGGUGGAGGUGAAGCCGGCCUUCAUCACCGAGGAGGAGGAGGCUGCUCUCCUGAGAGAGCUGGAGCCCGGCCUGAGGAAGAAAAGAUACGAGUUUGACCACUGGGACGAUGCGAUUCACGGAUACCGAGAAACUGAGCGAUUGAGCUGGGGCGAAGCAUGCGAGGAGAUCUUCAUUCGUGUCCGAUCUGUAGCAUUCAGAGAGGGGAGUCGUCUCCUUGGCCCUGUUCACGUCCUGGAUUUGGACAAGAGGGGCUACAUCAAACCCCACAUUGACAGUGUAAAGUUCUGCGGCAGCACCAUCGCCGGAUUGAGUCUUUUAUCAGACAGCAUCAUGAGGUUAGUUAAAGAGGACGCUGCCAAUGAGUGGCUGGACCUGCUGCUGCCUCGACGCUCCCUAUACAUACUGAGGGACCAGGCCAGAUAUAACUUCACCCAUGAGAUCCUGAAGGAUGAGGAUUCUGUGUUCAACGGACAGAGAGUGCCCCGGCAGCGCCGUAUCUCGGUCAUCUGCCGUAACCUUCCAGGAUAGCGCCCACUUUGCCUCAGCCUGGGGACUGGCAGAUUAGAGGCAGCACUUUGCAGGACUGUGUCAACAAUCUCCACUGAGAUUUGCUGCAAAUGGCUCAAAAAACACAAUGAAUUCUGCACUAAGAGAACAGGAAGUGUGUGUUGAAAUUAUAAGGUGAUUUUACCUUCGGAUGUCGCUCAUCCUUCAGGGCUUUUCUGUGUGGAAUUUCCAUGUGGUCUGGUUUCCUUCCACAAAACAUGUUUGUAAAUUGUGGAUGACUUUAAAAUGCCUGCAGAUCAACUCUGGCUAAAGCAGGAAUACAAUUUACUGUGAAUGUUAUGGUGUUUUCCUUCACAUCCAUAUGAUACACAGACACUUUGUGAAGCCUUUUCGGUGCACUUUAGUUAAUAAAUCAAUGCGAAUGCAAUAGUUUGUCCUUGUUAAGUGAAAAGAUGCUAAAUUUGUCAUCACCACCAUCCUAUGAAGCUGUGUGGCAGAAAACAAGGUGUAGAAGAAGAAAACAGCCUAUGUUGUCAAUGACUUCAGUAUGCAGAUGUGAAAUCUAAGGUAUGUGAUCAUAGAUGACUCCUGCUGCAGCGCAACACCUGGAACAGCCUAUUUUUAAUAAAUAUAUUUAAAAUGAAAGUGCAUAAAAAAGUUUUUGGACUGUUUCAGUAUGUCCCAAUGAAGGUUAAAGUUAUCU